AUGAGCCACUGGUCCGAACCAAGUAAAAGAAUUUUUGAAACAGCAGAUGUAAAGAAUUUUGAGAGAUCUGUUGCAUUUUAUGAACUAGUGCAAACUUUGAACAAGGUCAUUUUAGCAGUACAGGGAAUGGAUGUACCCUCGGGACUGCUAAAUCCAGCAAUCGUGUCAAGAGCCAUCAAGACAUCAGAUGCUAGCCAUUCACAUACUACAGAGGUGAACGUAACUGCGUAUCAAGGGAAUGUAAUAGUCUUGCUCGGCGUCCUACGAGAUCUCGAGAUAACAAUCGAUGAUACUCCACCCGUGUCUGGACCUACAAGAUUUGGAAAUAUAGCAUUUAGAACCUGGCACGACAAGGUUGGGCACAUUUUGGAAUCACUAUUAAAAUUACACGCUCCUGAGGGACUAAAAAUCAAUGACUUCUUGGUUGAAGCAAGAUACUACUUGGCAAAUUCAUUUGGAUCGAGUAUUAGAAUCGACUACGGCACAGGCCACGAACUUUCAUACUUGGCAUUCAUUGGGGCCUUGAUGCGAUAUGGCAUACUUGAAUCGCCAAGGGGGGAAGAACUUCUCGUAUUAUUUUCAAAGUACUAUGAUCUUGUUCGUCGUUUGAUCCUUGUGUACAAUUUAGAGCCCGCUGGAUCGCAUGGUGUUUGGGGAUUGGAUGAUCAUUUCCAUUUGAUAUACAUUUUGGGUGCUUCACAGUUUUGCGACUAUGAAAGAGCCCCGUCUGUUAAGAGUGUUUUGUCGAAAGAGGUACUUGACACUUACAAAACGUCAAACCUUUAUGUGAAUGCAAUUUCGUUUAUUUUUAAACUCAAGUCGGGACCAUUUAAUGAACACAGUCCUAUUUUAAAUGACAUACACGUGUCAGUAUACUUGUGGACAAAAGUGAGACAAGGACUUUUGAAAAUGUACAUGGUGGAAGUUCUUGGUAAAUACCCCGUAAUUCAGCAUUUCUGGUUUGGAGAAAUGUUAUACCCGUGGGUUGACUAUAAUACAAGAAAAGAGCUCCCCGUAAACUCCAACGAGGAGGUCAAGAGCGGAAAGAGCGGAAAGAGCGGAAAGAGCGGAAAGAGUGGAAAGAGCCGAAAUACAGCUAUAGAGAAUACGAGUAACGUGGGGACUAAUGCUCCGUGGGCCAACCGUAAUUACAACAAACCCUAUAUACGUAAAUAA